AGAAAUGAUCAUUAAUUUUCUCAUAAGAGUAGCAUUGGUAAUUGAACCUAAGGACAGAGAAACCAACACCAUGUACAAACAAGCGUUAGAUUUGCUUUCACAAGCUUUGGAGGUUUGGCCAAAUGCCAAUGUCAAGUUCAACUAUUUAGAAAAACUGCUGAGCAGCAUGCCACCAUCUCAGUCAGAUCCGUCAACAGCACUUGCUCAGGGAUUGGAUGUCAUGAACAAAGUUCUGGAGAAGCAGCCUCAUCUUUUCAUUAGGAACAACAUCAGCCAGAUUUCGCAGAUUCUUGAACCGUGUUUCAAACACAAGAUGCUCGAUGCUGGUAAAUCAUUGUGCUCCUUGCUGAAGAUGGUCUUCACUGCAUUCCCCCUGGAUGCCGUCAAUACACCUCCUGACAUAAAGCUAUUGUACCAGAAAGUCAAUGAGCUAAUAAACAAACAUGUGAAUACUGUUACUGCUCCACAAGCUUCAGGAGAUGAUAACUCUUUUGGUUCAAUAAGCUUUGUACUUCUUGUCAUCAAAACCUUGGCCAAGGUGCAUAAAAACUUUGUUGAUUCAUAUGUGUUGGUGCGUAUCCUUCAGCGCCUUGCACGGGACCUGGGAUCAGCAGUGGGUUCUCAUCCUAGACAAGGCCAGCGACCAGACUCGGAUUCUGCAGUAACUUCUUCUCGUCAAACUGCUGAUGUUGGAGCAGUCAUAUGUAAUAUAAAGUCGGUCUUGGAACUUAUUGAUGAAACGGUCAUGCUUAUAGCAGAUUGCAAAAGAUCUGUUACUCAAAUUUUGAACACAUUGCUUUCCGAAAAGGGUACAGAUGCUAGUGUGCUUCUCUGCAUACUAGACAUGAUAAAAAGGUGGGUUGAGGAUGAUUUCAGCAAAACAGGCACAUCUGGUUUGUCUGGUUCUUUCCUUACCCAAAAGGAUGUAGUUACUUUUCUCAAUAAGCUUUCUUAUAUUGAUAAGCAACACUUCUCAUCUGAUGCUUUGGAAGAGUGGGAUCAGAAGUAUCUUCAGCUGUUAUAUGGACUUUGUGCCGAUUCAACAAAGUAUCCUCUGGGCCUACGACAAGAGGUCUCUCUGAAAGUUGAAAGACAUUUUAUGCUUGGUUUAAGGGCAAGUGAUCCUGAGAUGAGAAGGAAGUUCUUCUUGUUAUAUCACGAGUCACUUGGAAAAAAUUUGUUCGCGCGGUUGCAGUACAUUAUUCAAAUUCAGGAUUGGGAAGCUUUAAGUGAUGUAUUUUGGCUCAAACAAGGUCUUGAUCUCCUUUUAGCUAUCUUAGUUGAGGACAAGCCAAUUAGCCUGGCCCCAAAUUCCGCGAGGGUACUACCACUUUUACCUUCAGAUAGUCCUGGAAUACAGCAUCAAGCUCCUGCUAACUUAGAGGGUCCCGAAGAAGUUACUGCAAUGUUUGACAGUAUAGUUAUGAAGCAUGCACAAUUUCUGAGCGCGACCAGCAAACUUCAGGUGGCUGAUGUGGUCAUCCCUUUAAGGGAGCUGGCUCACACGGAUGCCAAUGUUGCAUAUCAUUUGUGGGUCUUGGUAUUUCCAAUUGUAUGGGUAACCCUGCUCAAGGAAGAACAGGUAGCAUUGGCUAAACCUAUGAUUUCUCUACUAUCGAAGGACUACCAUAAGAAGCAGCAAGGACACCGGCCAAAUGUUGUUCAAGCACUUCUGGAAGGGCUUCAGUUGAGCCACCCUCAACCUAGGAUGCCUAGUGAGCUUAUCAAAUAUAUUGGAAAAACGUACAAUGCGUGGCAUCUCGCAUUGGCGUUGCUAGAGAGCCAUGUGAUGUUGUUCAUGAAUGACACAAAAUGUGCUGAGUCUCUUGCUGAGCUUUAUCGUUUGUUAAAUGAAGAAGAUAUGAGAUUUGGGUUGUGGAAGAAGAGAUCCAUCACUGCUGAAACGAGAGCUGGACUUUCAUUAGUUCAGCAUGGUUUUUGGCAGCGUGCCCAGAGCCUCUUUUACCAGGCAAUGGUUAAGGCAACCCAAGGCACGUAUAACAACACAGUCCCUAAAGCAGAAAUGUGUCUGUGGGAGGAGCAGUGGCUCCACUGCGCCAGUCAGCUUAGUCAAUGGGAUGCCCUGGUAGAUUUUGGAAAAAGCAUUGAGAAUUAUGAAAUACUGCUUGAUAGUCUUUGGAAAUUACCCGAUUGGGCAUAUUUGAAGGAUCACGUUAUACCAAAGGCACAAGUGGAAGAGACUCCAAAGCUUCGUUUGGUUCAAUCUUAUUUUGCCCUUCAUGACAGAAAUUCAAAUGGUGUUGGAGAUGCCGAAAACACAGUGGGGAAAGGCGUUGAUCUUGCCUUGGAACAGUGGUGGCAGUUGCCUGAAAUGUCUGUUCAUGCUAGAGUGCCUCUAUUGCAGCAAUUCCAACAACUAGUUGAGGUUCAGGAGUCUGCUAGAAUUCAUGUUGACAUCGCAAAUGGGAGUAAAGGCACAGGAAAUGUUGCAGUUGGUGGACUUGGAAAUCGUUAUGCAGAUCUGAAGGAUAUUCUUGAGACUUGGAGGCUGAGGACUCCAAAUGAAUGGGAUAAUAUGACAGUCUGGUACGAUAUGCUACAGUGGAGGAAUGAAAUGUAUAAUGUUGUUAUUGAUGCAUUUAAGGACUUUGCUACUUCAAAUUCUCCACUUCAUCACCUUGGUUUUCGUGACAAAGCAUGGAAUGUCAAUAAGCUUGCCAGGAUAGCUCGGAAACAAGGGCUUUAUGAUGUUUGUGUUCAGAUUCUUGAAAAAAUGUAUGGACACUCAACUAUGGAAGUACAGGAAGCUUUUGUUAAAAUUAGAGAGCAAGCAAAAGCAUAUCUGGAAAUGAAGGGAGAGCGUGCUAGUGGUCUUAAUCUGAUCAAUAGCACAAAUUUGGAGUAUUUUCCAGAUAAGAUCAAAGCAGAGAUAUUUCGUCUGAAGGGGGAUUUUCAUUUGAAAUUAAAUGACACCGAAAGUGCUAAUAUUGCAUAUUCCAAUGCUAUCACCCUGUUCAAGAAUUUACCCAAAGGAUGGAUAAGCUGGGGAAGCUAUUGUGAUAUGGCAUACCAAGAAACACAAGAAGAAAUAUGGCUUGAAUAUGCUGUCAGUUGCUUUCUUCAGGGUAUAAGAUUUGGAGUUUCCAAUUCCAGAAGUCAUAUAGCUCGUGUUCUUUAUCUUCUUAGCUUUGAUACAGUGAAUGAGCCUGUUGGCAGAGUGUUUGAUAAACACUUAGAGCAAGUUCCUCACUGGGUAUGGCUUUCUUGGAUCCCACAGCUGUUACUUUCCCUACAAAGAACAGAAGCACCCCAUUGCAAAUUGGUUUUAUUGAAAAUUGCUGCAGUUUUCCCACAGGCUCUCUAUUACUGGUUGCGCACAUACUUGCUGGAACGACGUGAUGCAGUAAAUAAAUCCGAACUUAGCAGAUUGGUUUUGGCUCAAAGAAUGCAGCAAAAUGCCUCUGGUGCAAGUGCAGGCCACGGUGGAAGCAAUUUACCAUCGGAAACUCAAAUCCAUCAAGGCAGUCAAAUUAGCGGGCCCAGUGGAACACAUGACAGUGGUAAUGCACAUGGGCAAGAUAGUGACCGCUCCACUGCGGAAAAUAAUGUCCAUACCGGGAGUGAUCAACCGAUGCACCAAAGCAGCUCCGGUAUCAAUGAUAACAAUGAAAACACAGCGAGGCGGAAUGUUGCAUCCCUAGCAAUCUCUGCAGCGGGAGCUUUUGACGCUGCUAAAGAUAUCAUGGAAGCUCUUAGGGGUAAACAUAACAAUUUAGCCAGUGAACUCGAGGUUCUUCUCACAGAAAUAGGUUCAAGAUUCGUUACAUUACCGGAAGAAAGACUGCUGGCGGUUGUGAAUGCUCUGUUGCAUCGUUGUUACAAGUAUCCAACUGCUACCACUGCCGAGGUUCCCCAACCACUCAAAAAAGAGCUGUCGGGUGUCUGCAGAGCUUGUUUCUCAGCAGAUGCUGUAACCAAGCAUGUCGAAUUUGUGAAAGAGUACAAACAGGAUUUUGAGCGUCACCUUGAUCCGGAAAGUACAUCUACAUUUCCAGACACACUCGCUGAGCUGACGGCGCGACUGAAAAAGUGGAAAAAUAUUCUUCAGAGCAAUGUUGAAGAUAGGUUUCCGGCUGUGUUAAGAUUGGAAGAUGAGAGCAGGGUUUUGCGUGACUUCAGUGUUGUUGAUGUGGAGAUACCAGGGCAGUACUUUGCUGACCAGGAAAUCGCACCUGAUCAUACAGUAAAGUUGGAUAGGGUUGGAGCAGACGUUCCUAUCGUUCGAAGGCAUGGAAGCAGCUUCAGGCGGUUGACUCUGAUUGGCUCUGAUGGCUCGCAAAAGCACUUUAUAGUCCAGACAUCAUUGACGCCUAAUGCUAGAAGUGAUGAACGCAUCUUGCAGCUUUUCCGUGUAAUGAAUCAAAUGUUUGAUAAGCAUAAAGAAUCAAGACGGCGACACAUUGGAAUUCACACUCCAAUCAUCAUUCCUGUCUGGUCUCAGGUCCGGAUGGUUGAGGAUGAUCUCAUGUACAACACUUUCCUUGAGGUCUAUGAGAAUCACUGUGCACGAAAUGACCGGGAGGCAGAUCUUCCAAUUACCCACUUUAAGGAGCAACUUAAUCAAGCUAUAUCAGGGCAAAUCUCAGCAGAGGCAAUAGGAGAUCUUCGUCUGCAGGCUUAUAUAGACAUCACAAAAACUUUGGUCAAUGACAGUAUCUUCUCUCAGUACAUGUACAAGACGUUGAUGAGCGGAAGCCAUAUGUGGGCUUUCAAGAAACAAUUUGCAGUCCAGCUAGCUGUCUCCAGUUUCAUGUCCUUCAUGCUACAAAUCGGUGGGAGGUCCCCGAACAAGGUCUUGUUUGCAAAAAACACUGGGAAAAUGUUCCAGACAGAUUUUCACCCUGCUUAUGACGCCAACGGGAUGAUAGAAUUUAACGAACCCGUGCCUUUCCGCCUCACAAGGAACAUGCAAGCAUUCUUCUCUCAGUUUGGGGUCGAAGGUCUCCUCAUGUCAUCCAUGUGUUCAGCAGCUCAAGCAGUAAUCUCCUCCAAGCAAAACGAACAUCUACGGUAUCAGCUUGCUAUGUUCUUCCGUGAUGAAUUGCUGUCUUGGUUUGGAAGAAGACCUCUUGGUGUGCCGAUUCCUCCUGUUGGAGGAAUUGCUACACUGAACUCAGCGGAGCUGAAGCACAAAGUUAACGCCAAUGUGGAAGAUGUCAUUGGACGGAUCAGAGGAAUAGCCCCACAGUACUUUUCGGAAGAGGAUGAGAACACGGUUGAGCCGCCGCAGUCAGUGCAAAGAGGUGUGAACGAGUUGGUGGAGGCAGCCUUGUCGCCUCGCAACUUAUGUAUGAUGGAUCCAACAUGGCACCCUUGGUUCUAACUUGAAAAUACUUUACAAUUAAGUUUUCAGUGCUUUUUUUUUUUAAUUUAAUGGAAGCUAACAUUAUUCAUUAGGGUUGUAAAUAUGUAACCUUUAUGUAAUUUAUCACUCCUUUUGGUCACUCGCCUUUGUGCAACAUUUCCUGUACUAUAAAUUGUAUUUUUGAACCCUCUAAUCUUUAAUAUCAUAUCAUGCAUCAAAUAACCCUUCAA